CUCUUAGUGGCUAGCUACUCCCUACCCAUCUUCAUCCACUACUACUAGCUACCUAAGCUACAACCCUUUACCUAAAUCUUCAGUACGUACGGUGGUCUUUUUUGCAUUAAAGCUCCAAAAAUGGCGGCUCUGUCCACAUCCUCCCCCAUGCUCAACAUUGACACAAACUCUCCCGACGUUGACAAGCUCUCCUACGAAAUCUUCUCCAUUCUCGAAAACAACUUCCUCUUCGGCUACAACAACAACGGCAGCACCGGCGCCAACGAAAACCCAACAGCCCAAAACCUCCUCUCCGACCCCAAACCCACCAAUCUCUCCACUCCCCUCCAUCACAUGCAUUCUAGCAAACACUUCACGGGCAAGGUCCGCGUCCUCGCCAUUGACGCCGCCGGUGCCACCGACGGCCUCCUCGCCGCCAACUCCCUCGCCCAUCUAGAGUCAUCUCUCCGCUGCAAGUCCGGCAAUCCCAACGCCGCCAUCUCCGACUUCUUCGAUGUCGUUUCCGGCUCGGGCUCCGGCGGCGUUCUCGCCGCUCUCCUCUUCACUCGGGGGUCUAAGGACGGGUCGACUCGACCCAUGUUCACCGCUCAGGAGGCCCUCAACUUCCUCCUCGACAACCGCCGCAGGAUCUUCCGGUCGUCGCGCAAGACGUUCGGCGACCAUCUGAGCCUCAAGGACACGCUGAAGUCGGUGCUCAUUCCGUGCUACGACAUGUCGUCCCGCGCGCCUUUCUUGUUUUCGCGGGCGGACGCGGUGGAGAUGGACGGCUACGAUUUCAAGAUGAAGGACGUGUGCGCCGCCACGUCGGCGCAGCCGGCAGUGGAGGUGAGGUCGGUGGACGGGAGGACGAAGAUCAUGGCCCUCGACGGGGGGAUCGCGAUGAACAAUCCUACGGCUGCGGCAAUUACGCACGUGCUGAAUAAUAAGCAGGAGUUUCCGUUCUGCAAUGGGGUUGAGGAUCUGUUGGUUGUGUCUCUCGGAAAUGGAGAGUCGGAGCUCGGAAAUUUGUCGCCUUCUGGCUGCCUCAAAAUCGCCGGUGAAGGAGCUUCCGACUUGGUUGAUCAAGCUGUUUCCAUGGCGUUUGGACAAUCUCGAGCAAGCAAUUAUGUCCGCGUGCAAGCCAACGGCAUCAUAUCGAAAAUGCACGGAGGUCUGCAAGCCUCAAGCAAGAACAAGAGCAAGAAGAUAGACAUGUUGGCCUUGACAGAGGAAAUGUUGGCGCAGAAAAAUGUGGAGGCCGUACUAUUCAAAGGCAAGAAAAUGGUGGAGAGCACAAAUGUGGAGAAGCUUGAGAUGUUUGCUGGGGAGCUGAUUAAGGAAGAAGAGAGGAGAAAAACUUGCUUCUUGCCAACUGUGGUUUUGAAGCAGACUUGUUCAACAUCGCCUAGCAGAACAUCAUCCGCCACAACCCUAUCAACCAUGUCAUCUUCAUGUUAAAUUAAUUAGUCUUAAUUACUACGUUAAGCAUUCGCAGCCGGUCGGGAUGAUUGAGAUUAAGCAUCCGAGUCUGAGCUGAGCUGCUGAGUUUGAGAAUUUGGGGUUUAAGUUUUAUUUUGCUAGCUGAUGAUCAUGAAGUGUAUAUUUAUGGUAGAAGGGGGUUUGCAAUGUGUAUACGAGUUAAGUAUGAAGGCAAGGCAAGUAGUGGCAAAGUGUAAUCAAA